UGUCAGAUUCAGCAGCUGCAAUGCAAUCUGCAAUGCUCAAUUUGCUCAUCUUAGGCUGAGAAAUAAAACUUUUACUGUCUUGUGCUCUUUCUUUAAGAUUUAUACAAUAAUUCAUGUCGCCAAAUAAAUGAAGACUCCGCGACAGUCGUCAGGAUCCAUCAUGAGGAAAUAUUACCAGCUUAUUCUCGUCAUAGUGUGCUUCGUCAGCAUCGUGACGCUUCUUAUUUACCGGCACGAGUACUACCGACUGCGAUAUGUCCUCGAAGUACUCAACUUCUUCGGGAAGCCCGGUUUGUCCGAGAUCGAGUUUUGCGGUCCUGGCUUCAAUGCUACGAUGCUCACGGAGAUAAUGCGGAACUCGUCGAUGGAGGUGAGGGAAACUCCACCGCUGUUCCAACAGAUUGACGAUAAUUUCUACGCGUACUCGUCAUUUUUGCGCUCGUAUCAGAAGUACGAGAAGCUCACGCCUCACGCACACAACAUAGACACUAUCGUCAUCGGGCGAGCGAAUGCGCGCCCCAAUUUCCGCUGUAACAUCUGGCUAGAGAACAGUUCCAAACAUAAAGUAGGCACAUUCACUUUCAAAACAAUCUCUCAGCCUAUCAAUGGCUUCAGAUUAUUCGUAUUUCAGUGCUCAUUAAGCCAAAACUUAGGUAAAUUAAAAGGCAUAAGCUUCUAUGCCAAUGACUAUAAAAUAAGUCCCAUUCAUGCCCCGAUAAAUAGACUGAUUGACGUAACUACAAAACGGAAAUCAAGACCCAUGAGGUAUACAAACAACAUUAAAUUUGUAAACAAUGUUGUGCCGGCUAUGUGCAUCAUCCCUAACCAAGUGCCAAUAGUCUCCAGAGACUCCCUCAUAGAGUCCUUAGUCUUUCACCACAUGAUGGGUGUCAACUCGUUCACCAUUUAUGACAGUCUUAUCUCUGAAGACAUUGUUAAAAGACUGAAUUUGGUACCAAGUGAUAUUACACAGUGGGACAUACAGUUCUUCCCCUUAAAUUUCCCUUUCAACUUUGCCAAAAGUUAUGACAUAGUCAAGCAGGCUAUAGAGCUGGAUUGUCUCUUUCGUCACUUUAAGUUAGACAAGGAAGACACAAACAAAGCAAGUCAUGCUAUUGUUAUCUCCUGGGAUGAAUUUCUUGUUCCCCGCAUCCAUAACAGUUUAAAAGCUGUCAUCUCAGAUUUCGACCCUACAUACAAACAGAAAUCAAUAACAGUGGAGCCUUUAUUAUUCUGCUUAAAUCAGAAUGAUGAUGACAACUCAGAAAUUGGUUAUCCAGACAUUAUGAAAAAGACGCACUAUUACCAGCUACCACAGGAGAAGAAGCGGCCAGUGUAUAUUAGAAAUUUGGACUCCAUGACCACUUUUGAGGACAUUUUCAAUGCUACCACUACCAGCGGGCAAGCUAUACCUGCCAAUUUGCUAGCUGUACACAAAUAUACGGAAUGCAGGGACCCAAACAGCUACCAUCCGAGAGGUGUAGGAUUCAACGAGACGCAGAUGGAAGUGUUCCGUAAUAAGUAUGAAGCAGCCAUGAUGAAGUUUGGACCGAGUUUGGUAAACAACAAGAUUUACAGGCUCUACAGAUCAGGGCAAAUUUGGGAGAAAAUGUCUAAUGAGAAUGUUAGGGAUAUGCUGUAAAAAAAUUGUUUAACAAAUGUUUUG